CCUCUGCCCCACGGCUGCCCCGGGCUUUUGCACGGUCCUCGCGUGGGCGGAUCGGCGUCACAGCCAUGACAGCCAUCGAGGGAGGGGACCCACAGAUAUAGCAGCCGUCCUAAUCCUUGGAGCUCAUCCCCUAAUCGCCUGCGUCGGGCUCCGGUGGAGGGUGUCGCCAGCAAUCAAUGGCGGGGUCGGCGGCGAGCGAGGCACGGGCCUGGAGCCCGGCCCCGGCCAUGUACGAGGAGUACCGGCCGCCUCCGCUGGACGCCAUCCGCCUGCCUCGCUACGCCUUGUACCUGCUGAUGGCCGCCGUCCUGGUGGUGGCCGUGGCCUACGCCAUCGUGGGCCACCUCAUCAAAGACCUCGCUCAUGACUUGGCCGACUGGGCCUUUGGCCCUAAACCAGACCAGGAGGAAGGCCCACGGGAGCUCCGGGCGAGCUUGGCCACGGAAGACCUGGAAGAGCUGGACCUUCAGCUGGCCCUGACCUGGCGCAGGGAGGAAGACCCCGCCCGGGCUCCUCGCCGCCCCUCCAUCGCUUUCCGGGACCCUCCCGUGCAAAGUGACUUUUGGAGGCUGGACUGACCAGGAGGGACAGCACCUGCGAGGCUGGCCGGCCUGGCCGUUCUUAGGCUCCCUGAGCCCUCACCACCUCAGCUGGGCCUCCUGUGUCUGUUGUAUGACACAGGCUGGCCUGAAGCUCAGAAUCCCCCUGCCUCAGCUUGAGUGUUGGGAUUAUAGACACAAACCCCACCUUAUUAAGACUUUGAGAUAGGAUUU